AUGUUCUCCCUUGCACCCUACCUGGAACGACAGCCGAGCUCCAAAGUCCACCAGAUUGGUGGUACGAACAACACGGCAAUCUCCCAAAAACCGUCGCAUUCUACCUUUGGCACGGCCUCGCAACUCCACAGCUUGUACAACAGUGACGGCGCCAUCCUUCCUGCCACUCAAACCGCCGUUAUGUCGUGGGUUGCCAGCCUUGCCGGCCGAAUCCAGCCCAAAUCGAUUAAGGCCUACCUGUCCGCCGUUCGUUCCCUCCAUGUCGACGCCGACCUUCCCUUCACUGCAUGUGAAUCGCCAGUUGUUCAACGCCUCAUCCGAGGCAUCAAGCGCUUCCACGGCGAGAAGGACCGGAAGCCCGUCCUUCCCAUCACCCGCUCCAUCCUCACCCGCAUCCUUGCCCAGCUCCGACCCGGAGCGGUCCCGGGCCACAGCACGCUCUACGCCGCCUUCUGCCUGGGCUACGCCGGUUUUCUCCGCUCAGGGGAAAUCACUUCGGGAAAUGGCAAGGACGCCAGCCUUAAUCUCACGCGUAACAAUGUCCAGUUCUUACCCAACUUUGAGCACGCUGAAUACAUCCAGCUCACUCUUCCCAGCUCCAAGACUGACCCCUUCCGAAAAGGCGUCACUCUCACUAUCGCCGCAGUCCCCGGAGAACCCACCUGCCCUGUCACAGCGCUCAAGCGACUUGACGGAAAGCCCCUACACUACAAGACGUUUGUCACCGGUCUGCGUGAGGCCCUCAGCGCAGCGGGCAUCAACCCCUCCGGAUAUGCAGGCCACAGCUUGCGCCGAGGAGCUGCCACAGAAGCCGCCGCCGCCGGAUGCAACGACUACGAAAUCCAGUUACUUGGACGAUGGCGUAGCGACGCCUACAAACUUUACAUCGAGAACCCACUCUCCCGGAUCAUCGCGCUAUCCAGACAACUUCACAUGGCCCACACACACACCAUCCCUUUCGAACCUCCGGCUCUCCGGCACUACACCUCCAUGGCUUGA